AUGGAAAAUGUGGAGUUUAAUUAUAGGACUCAAAGAAUAGGGCCACUGAGGAGACAUGCGGCCUUACUAAGAUGUCCCAGGGAGGUGAAACUGAAACUGACUUGCAUAUGUCAAUGUCUCUCCCAUAUGUGCAUGCUUGAAGGGAUUUGUACCAAAAUCUCCAAAAGAUUGGAAUUCGGGAUCACAUUGGCUUGCAGCUCUGGAGAUGGCUUCCUCAAUUACACUGGGGUUAAAUUGCCAGACACAUCUUCCUCAUGGUAUGACAAAAGCAUGAGCCUCAAGGAAUGCAAUGAAUUAUGUUUGAACAACUGCUCAUGUACGGCAUAUGCAAAUUUAGAUAUCAGGGAGGGAGGAACUGGCUGUUUGCUUUGGUUUGGUAACCUCACUGACAUGGCACAAUUCACUUCCGGUGGUGGUCAAAACCUCUAUGUACGGAUGGCAGCUUCAGAACUUGAUCAUAUUGAGGAAAAGAGCAAGUUCAACAAGAAAAAGCUACCUGGAAUUCUCAUCAGCUCUGCAGUUUUUCUUGUGGUAACGGUACUAAUUGGAUUGAUAUUGCAUAUACGGAACAAGAAACUCAGAAAUCAAGGAGUUAGAAGCAUAGAUUGCACAAAAGAUUACUUUGGAGAAGACAGGGAAGACAUGGAGUUACCACCACUAUUUGAUUUGAGCACCGUAGCUAAAGCCACCAAUGACUUUUCAAGCAGCAACAAGCUGGGCGAAGGUGGUUUUGGACCUGUGUACAAGGGUACAUUGAUUGGAGGGAAAGAAAUUGCAGUAAAAAGGCUUUCGAAGAAUUCCGGGCAAGGAAUGAUAGAGUUCAAAAAUGAAGUUAAACUGAUAGCAAGACUUCAACAUCGCAAUCUUGUAAAGCUCUUGGGUUGUUGCGUUCAAGAAGAGGAAAAAAUUUUGAUAUAUGAAUUCAUGCCCAACAAAAGCUUCGACUUCUUUAUUUUUAAUCAAGAAGGACAAAGAUUGCUCGACUGGCCUACGUGCUUUCACAUCAUUGGUGGAAUUGCUAGAGGGCUUCUUUAUCUUCACCAAGACUCUAGAUUAAGGAUUAUCCAUAGAGAUUUGAAAGCUAGCAAUAUCCUGCUUGAUAAUAGUAUGAACCCUAAGAUUUCAGACUUCGGCCUCGCUAAAACAUUUGGAAGUGAUCAAAGUCGGGGUAAUACAAAUAGAGUAGUUGGAACAUUUGGUUACAUGUCUCCCGAAUAUGCAGUAGAUGGAAUUUUCUCAAUGAAAUCUGAUGUCUUUAGCUUUGGAGUUAUACUGCUAGAGAUGUUGAGUAGGAAAAAGAACAGGGGAUUUUCUCAUCCAGAUCACCACCUUAACCUUCUUGGACAUGCAUGGAUACUAUGGAUUGAAGAUAAAGCAUUGGAACUGAUUGAUAAGACAUUACGUGAUUCAUGCACCAUAUCUGAAGUUUUAAGGUGUCUUCAUGUGGCGCUGUUAUGUGUACAAAGAGUACCUGAAGAUAGACCAAGCAUGUCAUAUGUGGUUCUAAUGUUGAGCAGUGAUGUUACCUUGCCUCCACCAAUGCAGCCUGGUUUUUACACCGAGCGAAGUGUCCCUGAAUCAGAUUUGCUUGUGAUUUUACAGUUGAGGUUCUGUUGUGAUCAAUGUUUAUACUCAAAAUGA